GGCGUUGGCCCCGCCCACAGAGCCCUGGGGUCUGCGUGCGUUUCGCUGCGGCUCGCAGAGGCAGGCAGCUCCGCCGCGAGGAGGCGGGGGCAAAUGGCUGCCGAGGGCGGCUGAGCGCGCCGAAAGCUGUGCCGCUGCGGGGCUCGGAGACAGGGCUGGCCCGGAGGGGGACCGAUCCUGAGAGUUCUGAGGGGUACCUGGUAAAGCAUGGUGGCGCAUGAUGAGAUCGGAGGUCUCCUGCCUAUUAAGAGGACCAUACGAGUCCUGGAUGUGAAUAACCAGUCCUUCAGAGAACAAGAGGAGCCAAGCAAUAAAAGAGUUCGACCUCUAGCUCGAGUCACAUCCUUGGCCAAUUUAAUCUCUCCUGUGAGAAAUGGAGCAGUCAGACGCUUUGGUCAGACGAUACAGUCAUUUACCCUUCGUGGUGAUAGCAGAUCCCCAGCUUCUGCCCAGAAGUCAUCGAGCAGAUCAACAGUCCCCACACCUGCCAAAAGGAGAAGCAGUGUCCUGUGGUCAGAGAUGUUAGACGUCACUAUGAAGGAGUCUUUAACUGCCAAGGAGAUCCGGCGUCAGGAGGCAAUGUAUGAAAUGUCCCGAGGUGAACAGGAUUUAAUUGAGGAUCUCAAGCUUGCAAGAAAGGCCUACCAUGACCCCAUGUUAAAGUUGUCUAUUAUGUCAGAAGAGGAACUAACACAAAUAUUUGGUGAUUUGGACGCUUACAUACCUCUGCAUGAAGAUCUGUUGGCAAGAAUAGGAGAAGCUACCAAGCCUGAUGGAACAGUAGAGCAAAUUGGUCACAUUCUUGUGAACUGGUUGCCAGGUCUGAAUGCCUACAAAGGCUACUGCAGUAACCAGCUGGCAGCCAAAGCUCUUCUUGAUCAAAAGAAGCAGGACCCCAGAGUCCAAGACUUCCUCCAGCGGUGUCUUGAGUCUCCCUUCAGUCGAAAACUAGAUCUUUGGAGCUUCCUGGAUAUUCCUCGAAGUCGCCUAGUCAAGUAUCCUUUACUGUUAAAGGAGAUUCUUAGACACACUCCGAAAGACCACCCUGAUGUUCAGCUUCUGGAGGAAGCCGUAUUGAUAAUACAAGGAGUUCUCUCUGAUAUCAACUUGAAGAAAGGUGAAUCCGAAUGCCAAUAUUACAUUGACAAACUGGAGUAUCUGGAUGAAAAGCAGAAGGAUCCUCGAAUUGAAGCAAGCAGAGUACUGCUCUGCCAUGGGGAACUGAGGAAUAAAAACGGACACAAACUUUACAUUUUCCUGUUUCAAGACAUCUUGGUUCUGACCCGGCCUGUUACACGAAACGAGCGUCACUCCUACCAGGUGUACCGGCAGCCAAUCCCGGUCCGCGAGCUGGUCCUAGAAGACCUGCAGGACGGAGACGUGAGGAUGGGAGGGUCCUUUCGCGGGGCUUUCGGCAACUCAGAUAAAGCUAAAAAUAUCUUUAGAGUUCGCUUCCAAGACCCCGCUCCGGGCCAGGCUCACACUCUGCAAGCCAAUGAUGCGUUCCACAAGCAGCAGUGGUGCAACUGCCUUCGCGCCGCCAUCGCCCCUUUCCAGCCGGCCGCAGGGCCGGCCGGGCUGCAGGGUCUGCCGGAGCUGCACGAGGAGUGGGAGGGGGGCAGCCCCUCCGCCGGGGGCGCCGGGCCCCAGAGGAGGGCGUCCACCACGCCCAGCGCCCCCCAGGUCGGAGUCGGUGGGGACGCUUCAGAGCGCGGCUCCCCGGCGCACGCAGCAGACGGCGUGAAGAGAGUCAGAGCGCCGCGGACGCAGUCGGGCCCCCGGAAGGCGAGGGGCAAAGCCGAGCCCGGCGGCCGGCGGAAGGAGACCGUGGUGUGAAGGCGCCUAAACGCGCCCCGUCUGCUUUCUCGCCUGGCGAGCGUGGGCGCGCCGCAGGGUUGCUUAGUACCAGUCUUAACACUUCCUGUGUUUUGGGUUGGUUUGGGUGGUUUUUCCUUUUUCUCUCUUUUUUUUUUAAUGGCAGCUAAGGGUAUAUAUACAGGUUACUGUUAAAAUGCAAUUUUUUUUUUUAGAUAUUUUCUCAGAUUUAGAACAUUCAAGCCUGGUGUUUUUAAUCAAAUCAAAUAGGUUUUCUCUUCAUUCUGCAUUCGUGACUUUUCAGUACCAACCAACCGUGAUAUUUACAAUAUUUGCCAAAACUUAGUAUUGCAAAUACUGGGAUUUUACCAGUGUUUCUUUGAUAAACUUUGUGUGCAGAAUUUGAAAUUUUAACAUUGGCACCUAAAAUGUGGAAUACUUGUAAUAUUUCAGAAUUUUUAUCAAAACAUAAGUUCCUUGGAAAACAAAGCAAAAACAUAAAUAGGUUUCCCAUUUUGUCAACUGGAACACUUUAUAUUUGUUUUUCACUGCUCAGUCCUCAUUUCUCAGUCAUUUAACCUGCCAGUUAUUUAAUUUUUUUUUUUUUUACAGUUUUUAGUAUUUGCUUUUAUUUUUUUACUUUGAUGCCUUUUCAAAUCGGCACAUCUUUAAAGUAUUUUUCUUGAUUAAAAAUGGGUGUGCGUUUGUAUGUAUAUAUAUAUAUAAAUAUAUGUUUUUUAAAUCAUAUUAACUUUACCAAGUGAAACCAAGCCAUACUGUUUUUGAGCCAAUUAAGAAAAUUGCCAUUUUUAAAGUGUAGCAUUUCAGAGUGGUAAACACACAUGAAAUGACCCGGUAUCUCUGGACUGCUGAAAGAAAACGACGUUAAGGAUUUUGUUGAAAGUUUUAGUGUUCGACAAGCAAGAGGGAGGCCGUUGACUGGUGAUAUGUAAAAAAAAAGAAAAAAAAAAAAUAGGAAAAAGAGAGUAGUUUUGUCUUAAAGUAAAAAUGUCUGGUUGUGCCAGAAUGUGGAAGGAGAUAGUAAAAACUAAACUCGAGGGUGUGUAGUAAGUUGUAGAAGGUUGGGGGAAGUGGACCUUAUUUGCCUUGGUUUACAAUACCUGCAAAUAAUGGGUUUGAAAAGAAGCAAUGAGGUAUGUUGAAAAUUUGACGGUAUCAGAUUCAUAACAGGGAAAAAAAGACCGAUGAGUCAUUUACUAUAAAGUGUUUCUGUUCACAUGAGGUCGUAGUCUUUAGGGGUGAGGAGGAAAAGCCCUGUGUCCUGGCAGAUUAUAGUGGUGAUCAGUUCAAGUAAAUGUUGACAAUUACGUGAACUAUAUAUUUUGCCAGUGGAAUGAAAAUUGAAAAAGACUGUAAAUAGAUCCAUCCAAAUGAUUUCUCUGUAUAAAUGAAUUAUACAAUUAAAAAAAAAGAAAAAAGCACACACAUAA